CCAGAUAAGUAUUCACGAAUUUUAUCAACAGUAUUUAAACCGACGUAGAUAAGUAUGGUGAUUAUUCGAUUCUUCCUCGCGCGGAGGAAAGAAAGAAAGACAAGAAAUAGGACUUGCACUUGCACAAUGGACAACGUACAGGACAAAACCGUGAUGAUCACCGGUGGAGCCGGCGGUCUGGGCAGCGAAUUCGUCAAGAUAGUACUGAAGAACGGCGCGAAAAAAGUCGCCAUCGUGGACUUGCCAACAUCGCAGAAUCGGGCGAAGGUAGCUGAGUUCGAGAGGAAAUACGGUAAAAGUCGCGUCGCCUUUUUCCCCUGCGACAUAACGAAGGUCAAGGAGUACGAGGAGACGUUCAAGAAGAUCGUAGACGCGUUCGGCUAUCUCGACAUCCUCGUGAACAACGCCGGAAUGGCGAACGACAAUAAGCUGGAGCAGACGAUCGACCUGAAUAUCACAUCGCUGAUACGCAGUACACUGUUGGCUAUAGAUUACAUGGGGAAACACAAAGGCGAUAAAGGUGGCUUGGUCGUCAACAUCUCGUCCAUAGCUGGCCUGACCUCGCAGAACUGCAUGUUUCCAGUCUACUCUGCCACGAAGCACGCAAUUGUCGGCUUCAGCCAGUCUCUGGCGAACUUCUAUCACGACACUGGAGUACGCAUCGUCACGUUAUGUCCGGGGUUUACGGAAACGCCGAUGGCCAACGAUUUGCUCGAGAAUGUUAUCUUGGGCUGUGUCAAACUUGAGACCUGCGAGAAGCUCUUGGCGAUAAGCAAACAGCAUCAGAUGCCUGACAACGUAUCGCGCGCGUUAUUGCAUAUCAUACAAAACGCUGAAAACGGUACUGUCUGGGUAAGCGAAAAUGGCCAACCGCCGUACUCAGUGAAAAUGUGUCAUUAUUCCAAGCAUGCCGAGUAAAAUGCACAGGGGUUAACCUCGGAAAUAUUAUUACGUGUGUAACGGGGAAAUACUUUCGUCAUUCGGUGUUGGACAUUUCGACGUUGGGUCAAGCAAUUUGAAAUUUUUAUUGUCUAUAGUCGGCAAAGCAUUAGUGAAAAUUGAUCAGUUGUCAUAUAUGUGAUUGUAUAAUAAAUGAAAUCAAAAGAGCUGUGAAAGUUCUGUGGGAUUAUAUUAUAAUUUAUCCGUCGUUAGUUUUAGUUAUUUUAGUCAAACAACAUUUGUUCGGUGAAAGUUCAGUAUUGUUGUUCAUCACGUUGGUCGACAGCGUCACAUAUGUGAUACAUUGAUCUGACGAUGUUUUGUCGCUGCAUUCUGUAGCUCAGUAGUGUGUAAAACUAUAUAGAAUGCUUUAUUAUGGGCAGAUAACGCAUAAAUCAAAUCGCGCAAGCGGGCAGAUCUGAAGGUAUAAGAAGAAUUUUAUAUUCCCGAGAAUUCUAUACUGUGAUUCGCUUUUUUAUGUUUCUUUUCUUACGUCUAUAAAUUAUUAUUAAUAUAUUAUUGUCAUACCGUUCUAGACGAUGUCUUUGGCUAUGUGUUGAAUAGAUAGGAGAAACAUGUUUUUCUUAACUUAGAACUAAUGGUCUAUCGAAAACCUAUCGUGAAGAGAAACGAAUAUAAUUUACGGCAAAGUUUUAUGUCAUCUGUGUAACAUUGUCAUAGCUUGAUGAAUAUGCAAUAGCUUGUUGAAAAUAAAAUGAUAAAACACAGA